CAAGGGUGUCAGGCUGUCAGCGGCCGUCGGGUGGGCGUUACAAAGUCACCCGUGCAAGUGGGCUGUGUGCAAGGGGCAACAGAGGCAUGGAAGUGAAAGAUGGAGAGAGACAUGUCUAUGCCAAUCUUGCGUCCAGCACUGCCAGUCUGGACUCCACCAGCAAGACCUCACAGGUCCACCACAGGACUGUCGGCAAUGGUCCCCGGGUCCUUGUCAACACCCAGAUGAAGAACCCUGCUUGCCUACAGAAAAAACAAAGUGUCAACAAAAAAGACAGUACCAGGAGACAAGGGAAGUGCAUCAAAGCAUCAAAGGCACUUAGUAACUUGAGCCAGGCUGACACAGCUGCACUCAACACUGGCAGUGUGUAUGAUGAACCAGAGAUCUACUCAACUCUCCAUGUAGCAACACAACUUGCUCAAACCAGGAAGAUACAACCCAAUGUAUCUCAGCUGCUAAAGGAUAAGCUGGACUCUCCAAGUACAAAUGCAAGGCUAAAAAGACAGCCUGCCAAGAAAGUCAAUGUGUCCAAGUCCCGCUCAGUGUUCCAGGAGCUAGUGUCUCUGGACGUCAGUGAAGGAGCCUUGGAAACACAGCUCAGGAACACUCUAAACAUCAGGGCAGAUGCUGUGCGACAUUCCCAAGGCCAUCAGGACCCAGUGCCCCAACCAAGUGACAUAAUGGACCCUGAGGAGUAUGUGAGCCGGGCCACCAUCACCAAGACCGCUGCCAACUAUGUCCCAUCAGCUUGUGUGCAACCGCAGAGGCUCACGAGGGAAGAGUUUUGCCAGUUCUCCAAAAUGGUUAUGGAUUUACUCUAGAUAGGUUAUGCAGUUACAGGAUUGCACUAUCACCAAGAUCACCAACAGCUUCAUCCCAGCAGCCUCAGAGGCUCACAAGAAAGUGGUUCUUCCAAUUCUCCUAAAUGAUUAUGGAUUUACUCUAGAUGGGUUAUGAUGUUACAGUACUGUACUAUAUAUUAAAAUGUACUGGAGUUUCCAGCUUGAUUCAGUUUUUAGUCAUAAGCAAAUUAACAUAUUUACUUUAUAAUGAGACACCUUCACUUGCAACAGUCAUGGCUUAUGGCUCACAAAAUGUAUGUUGCGCUGUCAAUACUUUACUAGAAUACCACUACCACCACCAUCAUCAUCAUCAUCAUCAUCAUCAUCAUCAUCAUCAUUAUAUCCUUUCAAAGGUUUGCUUCAUGUUCACUCUUGGCAAAAUGAUGAUGAACAGCCUAGAUGUCAUUUAAUUCUUCCCUAUGAUAUUCAAUGCAUUUUUCUUUCAUCUGCCCACAAAUACUGCCAUCUACUUCACCUACUUCAGAUUACUGAAUGUGGUCUCUCUCUCAUCACCUCAUCUCUCAUCUCUCAUCACCUAACUGCUGCACUCCAUCUUUCCUCCUUUUACUCCUUACUGGUCUCACCAACAUUUGCUGUAGCAUUGCUGACUUCAUCAUGCUCUAAUGUCUCCAAAUCACUACAAGGAACUUCACAAUAUGCAAAGCCACUCAGUAUUUCUUCAUCCCACUCCCUCUCACCUCACCCAAACCUUGUACAUCCUUUCCAGACAAGUGCUUGUUUUGUUCAGCUCUGUUGUGCAUCCAUGAAAAUUUAUAUUGUUGAUGCAAUGUAAUCAUCAUUCACCUUCAUUACUCAUUAGCACCAUUUCUUGCACAGCAUUUGUCUUUCCCCAUAACCAUCAAUGUUUCCGGGGAGUUACUGUACAAAUCAUUAAAUCAUGAGUUGAAUAUUUUGUAUGGCAUAAACACUGAAGGGUAGUACAAGUUAUGUUAAGAGGUGACUAGGUGAUUACCUAGAUAUGUAUUUUGAUAAGGAAAAAAAAAAAACAUUCUGUAUGUUGCUGAAUAUAUUUCAGUUCACUUAUAAUGUUCAAUAAAUUAUUUCUCUGAA